AUGACACGACCGUCUUCAGAUCAACAAGCUUUACAAGACGAGAUAGAAGAUCUCGAAAGACGUUUAUACGAUGCGAAAGCCCGACUGAAUCAAGACAAUGUCACUGCGGCACCCUCGUCGCCAGCGAAUGACGCAGCACUGCACGCCCUCCUGCUGCUCGCAGACUCUGCCCUACCACUCGGUUCAUUUGCCUUCAGCAGUGGAUUGGAAUCGUACCUCGCGCAUCACAAGCCGUCGGCGCCGUCGGCAUCACAGUUACCCGCGUUCCACACCUUCCUCCGCUUAUCGCUAUCAACCCUCGCAAGCACAUCGCUCCCGUACGUCCUAGCAGGCUAUCGCAACCCAGAAGACAUCGAGACUUUGGACAAUGACAUGGACGCGAGCACACCAUGUACUGUUGCGCGACGGGCGAGCAUAGCACAAGGACGGGCGUUACUUGCUGUUUGGGAUCGAAGCUUUCGGACGCAAUACAACACGCCCAAGGACCAUGCAUCUCGAGAUGCUAUGAACGGAUCCAUGAGUAGUGAAGUUGCUAUCAAAGCGCUAACGUCAUUUUCCGCUGCCCUACGUGCUUCGGAACACAUCAACGUGCAUCUCGCGCCGCUUUGGGGACUUGUUACGAGCAUUCUGGCUGUUCCGCUGCAACAAGCCGCAUACUUGUUCCUCUUCUCGCACGCGCGGACUGUAGUGAGUGCGGCUGUGAGAGCGAGUGUUAUGGGGCCGUACCAAGCGCAAGCGGUACUGGCAAGCGCGGAGUUACAGGAUAGAAUACGAGGGCUGGUCGAUGAGGGGUGGGACAAAACAGUAGAAGAUGCGGGGCAGAGUGUGCCGGUCAUGGAUCUUUGGGUUGGAAGACACGAGAAGCUAUAUUCGAGGAUUUUCAAUUCAUGA